CAGGCAGGACUCCGCAGGGGCCAGCUCAGACUUGAUUGCCAGAGCAGCGAGGCAGGAGAGAGCAUGCACCACCAGCAUGAGCCUCGCCAGGAGAGCCCCUGCCGGGGCGCCGAUCGGGGAGCGCCAGCCAGGAAAGCCCACCUUGCUCCCGAUGAAGCCACAGCUGCUGCUGCCCCUGCUGUGGGCGUCCUGGCUCCUGGGGACCCAGGCCGAGGGCAAGGGCUGUAACCGGACCACCUCCGAGGGGCGUGCAGGAGCUGAAGCGGUGCCUGGUGAGAGAGGGAACCUCCUGAACGUGAGCGUCGGUGACCAGGGCCGCCCUGACUCCCUCUACCUGUCGUGGGACGAGCUGGCCGGGGUUGUCCUGGGCUACACCCUGGCAAUCUACACGCUGGAGCCGGACGUGCUGCUGCAGAACGGAUCGGCUGGACCCAACGCUACCAGCUUCCAGUUCCAAGGGCUUGUCCCCGGGGCAGGCUACAGCAUUGAGGUCACGGCUGCUCUGGCCUGCGCGGAGACCACCAGCCAGAGAGUCAGCGGCCAGACAAGCCCUGCUCCUGUGCUCAACGUGAGUCUGAGCAACAGCGGGAGCCCCUCAGACCUGCGAGCCUCCUGGACGGACGCCCCCGGCCAGAAGGACGGCUACCGGCUCGUUCUCUACCACCUCGACUCCCAGGGGGCCGUGAGGAACGAGUCUGUCCCCGGAGCCAUCUCUACCUUCCUGUUCAACGGGCUGCUGCCUGGCAGUGAGUACGCCCUGAGGAUCACCACGCUGGCUGGAGCGAGGCAGGCCAGCACCAGCACCCAUCAGUGGACAGCACCCACCACCCCGGCAGCGCUGACACUCCAGAGCCUGGGCUCCAGCACCAGCCUCUUUGCCUCCUGGAACGGUGCCGAAGGAGCUGCCUGGCUGCACUUAACCCUCCACAACCUGCUCUCCCGCACGGUGACCAGGACAGUAUCAGCCAAGAGGGGUCUCUCCAACUAUACCUUCCAGCACCUCAGCCCUGGCACCCCGUACCAUCUGGGGGUGAGCGCUGCUGCUGGGCCGUACUGGACAGUGGGGCCCAAUGCCACUGCCUGGACAUACCCCCUGAGCCCAGCUAACCUGACCCUGAGCAUCACUGGGGAGGCUGGCUCAUUGCAGGCUCGCUGGACCCCACCCGCUGGAGAGAGGGACCGUUAUCUGGUGACCUUGCUUCAGGGAGUGAGCAGAGCCCUGGCCAGGAACGUGUCUGUGGGAGGAGACAGCGCUCACGUCAGCUUCCACGGGCUGAGUCCUGGGAACCAGUACUUGGUAAAAGUGACAGCCGUGGCUGGGCCUCACAGGGCACCUUCUCUCAGUGCUGCCACCUGGACACAGCCACUAGCACCGCCUGGUGUGAGCCUCUCCAGCCAGGGGAGCACCUCCACCCUGCAUGCCCGUUGGACAGAGGUGGCCGGAGCUGGGUACGUGGUGGCGUUGUACUCACUGGAGCCCCCUGCGCUGGUGAAGAAUAGCUCCGAAGUGGGAGGUGUCACCAACCUCACCUAUGAGGGGCUGAGCCCGGGGACCCACUACGCCUUUGUGAUCAGCGCGGUGGCUGGGCCUUACACCUCCCCGCCCCUGCGUGUCACCAACUGGACAUAUCCUUUGCCUGUGGAAGAGCUGAGCCUCAGGAACCAGGGACAAAGCACCUCCUUGCACGCCUCUUGGAAAGGAGCUGCUGCUGGCAGUGUGACUUACAGCGGUGUCCUCCUCGAAGCCAAGUCGCAGGCGUGGCUCAGGAACGUGACCCUGGGGGAGAGCUGCACUAACGUCACCUUCCAGGGGCUGAGCCCCGGGCGUCAGUACACCCUGGAGAUGGCUGCCGUGGCUGGAGCUUACAGAUCGCCUGUGCGGACGGCCACGGACUGGACAUACCCUUUGGCCCCAUCUGGUGUGACCCUGACCAGUAAAAGACACGCCCUGGGUCUCUCUGCCGCCUGGCACAAGGCUUCCGGGGACAGAGACCGGUUCCUCCUCCACCUCUACAGCAAGGAACUCUUGGUGCAACAGAAUGUCUCAGUGGAGCCAGACACUCAGAACUUCACUUUCCUGGGGCUUCUCCCUGGGAUCCAGUACUCCAUGGAGGUGACGGCCCUGGCGGGACCCUACAGAGCCUCGGCGCCAUCUGCCAUGGGAUGGACAUAUCCUGUGUCGCUGGCCAACGUGAGUGUGACACGUGGGUCGAGCCCCCGGCAGCUGCAUGUGGACUGGAUGGAGUCGGGCGUGGAGGGAGAUCACUGGGUGCAGCUCUACUCGGAUGAGUCUCUGUCCGUCGUCAGGAACGUGUCCGUACGGCGCGGAGCUGCUCACGUCGACUUGGACGGCCUGGUGCCCGGGGCGCAGUACUGGGUGGAGAUCGUGUCGCAGGCCGGACCCCACCGCAUCUCCUCACAGAGAGCCAUUGGCUACACAGCCCCUCUGAUGCCGCUGUCCCCAGCUGUGACCAACGGGGGCAGCACCUCCGCUCUGGCGGUGCGCUGGGAGGCCCCCGCUGGACAGAGAGACAGCUACCUGGUCAGCGUGGGUGAGGAGGGCUCCCUGGCAGCCAGGAGGUGCCUGAAUGUGGGGAAGAGCAGCACCAACGUCUCCCUGGCGGGGCUGGCACCGGGAUCUUGCUACCACGUUGGAAUCUCCGCUCUCGCUGGACCCUACAGCUCCGACCCCCAGAAUGUCACUGGCUGCACAGUUCCAGCUCCUCCUGCCAAUGUGAGCCUCACCAACUCAGGCAGCUCCUCGGCGCUGCACGCUGCCUGGGACAAGCCCCCUGGGGGCAGGGACCAUUACCGGGUUAUUCUGUACAGCCUGGUGCCCUGGGGCACGGAGACAGCUCAGUCCCUGGGACCCAACGCCCAGAAUGUCACCUGGACUCGCUUGGCAGCGGGCAGCAGAUUCGCUGCACAAGUCACUGCUGUGAAAGGUCCCUACAAAUCCUCCUCUGUCAACAUCACCCAAUGGACGUACCCCCUGGCUCCUGCCAAUCUCACCCUGGCCAGCCCCUCUGCCUCCGCCCUUCAGGUCUCCUGGACGGGGGCGGAGGGGGGAGGAGAGGGCUACACCGUGGAUCUGUACGACACCUCCUCCGGCAGGCACGUUGACCACAUCUUGCUCCCCUGGGGCGCUAGGAACCACACCUUCCAGAGCCUGACCCCGGGCACCCGCUACAGCGUGGGAGUGAGCACCUCGGCAGGGCCUUACCACUCCAGCACCCCCAACCUCACCCACUGGACACGCCCUCUGGCCCCUCUGGCCGUGCGUGUGGCAAACCAGGGGCACCCCGACAGACUGAGCGCGUCCUGGGGAGCAGCCGCUGGGGGCCGCGAGGGCUACGUGCUGACCCUGUACCACGCGGGAUCAGGCGCGGUAGCAGCCAGGGCCGUCGCUGGGGAGAAUGCCCACAAUUUCACCUUCACAGAGCUGGCCCCAGGAUACAGGCACUCGCUGGAGAUGGUCUCCAUCGCUGGGCCCUACAGGGUGGCCGCAGCCAACGUCAGCGACUGGACCUAUCCUCUGGUACCCCCUAACAUCUCCCUGAUGAAUCAGGGGUGCCCCGAUAGGCUGAGUGCAUCCUGGGGAGCUGCGGCAGGGGGCCGGGAUGGCUACACGCUGACCCUGUACCACGCGGGAUCGGGCGCCGUGGUAGUGAGGGACUCCGUUGGGAAAGACACCCACAAUUUCACCUUCGUGAACCUGGCCCCAGGAAGCCAGUACCUGUUGGAGCUGGCUUCAACGGCUGGGCCCUACACGAUGUCUGCAGGGAACAUCAGCGACUGGACACGUCCUUUGGCACCCUCUAAUGUGUACCUGACAAACCAGGGACGCCCUGACAGGCUGAGUGCAUCCUGGGGAGCAGCCGCCGGGGAGCGAGACGGCUAUACGCUGACCCUGUACCACGCGCGAGCGGGCGCGGUGGCAGCAAAUGCAUCUCUUGGGAAGGGCGCCCACAAGUUCACCUUCUCAGGCCUGGCUCCGGGACACAAGUAUUUGCUGGAGGUGGCCUCCGUGGCUGGGCCCUACCGGACGUCCGCCAGGAACAUCAGCGACUGGACGACCCCUCUGGUUCCAGCGAAUCUCUCUGCGGUGACUGGGGAGAGCCGCAGGGUGCUGGCCGUGUCCUGGGGGCACGUCUCCAGCCAGCAGGAUUACUGCCAGCUGUGGCUGCGGGAUCCCGGGAACAACACACUACCACGGAGGCACACCCUGGCUGGGGGGCAAGUCCAGCACUUCUUCCAGGGGCUGGUCCCAGGCAGAAAUUACUCGGUUUCCCUGAGCUGCGUGGCUGGGCCUUACUGGAGCAGCUCGGGCAUCUUAGUGGUGCCAGUAGCGCCUGACCCAGUGGAAGAUCUGCGGUGCCAGCCUGACUCGAAGAGCUUUUCCCUGAACUGGACCUUCCCCGCUGGAGAUGUGGAGGCCUGCGAGCUGGCAGCAGAGAGGCUGUCCGGGGGGCCACCCCAGGCUGAGGCUCGGGUGAUCGCUCCUGGGAGCGAGGCCAGCCUGUGGGGUUUGGAGCCAGAUUCUUCCUACCGAAUCAGCCUGAGCGCAGUGGGCAGGAACGGGCUGAGGAGCCGGGCUGUGACUCUGGUCUGCAACACGUCAGCAGAGGUCCUGCCUCCGCCAGUACGAGCAGACGUCCCGCGGGUCGAGCCUGGCUCCAGAGUGCUCAUCUCCCCCGACACGUUCAGCGAGGAGAACGGCCGGAUCGAAUACUAUGCCGUCAUCGUCACCAGCAAUGAGUCGCUGUCGAGGCCCACCCAGGAAAUCAUGUCCAGCACCUGGUACGAUCACUAUUACGGUCAGGAGGACUCCUACGUGGCUGUGCUGUUCCCCAAUCCUUUCCAUGCGGACAAGAGGAGCACUCCUCAAACCUGGUCGGUGCCAGUGGGAACGGACGAGUGUGGCCAGUCCCGGGAGAUUUGCAAUGGGAAGCUGAAGGCAAACACUCAGUACAGGUUCAGCAUUGCUGCUUUCACCAAAUACAACCUGGUGGAUCCUUCUGUGUCCUUCACGGCAUUUUCGGCGGCUGGAGCUGGCGCACACCCCAGUCCUGUUACAGUGCCAGUUGUGGCUGGAAUUGUUGCGGGCUUUCUCCUGACAUUUGCAGCGAUUUUCGGCUGGGUCUACUGGAAGCGGGUCCGAACGAAAAGAACCAAGAAAAGUAACUUAUCGCAAGAAAUGUCCACAUACAGCUUGAGAAAUGUCCAUCGGCCGAUCCCCAUCCAGAGUUUCAAGCAGUAUUACGAGGCGAAGAUGGCAAAUGCCAACCACGGCUUCUUCCAGGACUUUGAGGAGCUGAAGGAGGUAGGGAAGGAGCAGACUAAGGUGGAAGCGGAACUUCCAGCCAACAUGUCCAAGAACAGAUACCCCCACGUGCUGCCCUACGACCACUCAAGAGUCAGGCUGAGCCAGCUGAGGGAGGAGCCCCACUCCGACUACAUCAACGCUAACUACAUCCCCGGCUACACCUCCCCACAGGAGUUCAUUGUCACCCAGGGGCCGCUGAAGAAAACCAUUGAGGAUUUCUGGAGGCUGGUCUGGGAGCAGAGCAUCUGCAACAUCAUCAUGCUGACAGUGGGCAUGGAGAACGGACGGGUGCUGUGUGAUCACUACUGGCCUUCAGAGUUGUCGCCGGUCUCCUAUGGACACAUCGGUGUGGACCUGCUCUCCCAGAGCAGCGCUGACGAGUGGACCAUGCGCACGUUCAAGCUCUGGCACGAGGACCUACGGGAGGAGAGACGUGUGACCCACCUGCACUACACGGCGUGGCCCGACCACGGCAUUCCUGAGUCCACAGCUUCCCUGAUGGCCUUCCUGGACCUGGCACGAGGGCACAUGCAGACGGCCAAGGAUUCUGGGCCAACGCUGGUGCACUGCAGUGCAGGGGUGGGCCGCAGCGGCACCUUCAUCGCCUUGGACAGGCUGCUACAGCAGCUGAAGCAGGAGAAGGUGGUGGACGUGUUCAAUACCAUUUACACCAUGCGGAUGAGCCGCUACCAGAUGAUUCAGACGCUGGGCCAGUAUGUGUUUCUGCACAGCUGCAUUCUGGAGAAGAUCACGGAGGAGCUGCUCUUGGGCCAGUCCGGGACGGAGAUCUCCUGCCCGAUCCCUCUCAAAAGCUUCCUGCCAUACCAUGCCCAGAAAUCGGCCAAGUCCAACGCAGGCUUCCUGCGGGAGUAUGAGAUCCUCCUAGAGGUUGCAAAGGACAAAGCCAGCUCUGCAGCACCAUCUUCAGGCAUCCAGGAGAGCCGCCCUGUCUCCAGCAUCCUCCCAUAUGAUCGCUCAAGAGUGAAAUUUUCGCCGCUGGAACAAGGCCCUUUCUCGGAUCUCAGCCAGGCCUGGCUCCUCCCGGGCUGCAAUUCAGCCAGGGACUAUCUGGCCGUGCAAGGGCCUGACAAGGUGACCAUGGAGGAAUUCUGGCGCUUGGUGUGGGACCAUGGCGUCCACACCAUUGUCACCCUGCUGCCUUGCCAGGAGAAGGGCCAGGUCCUGAGUGAGGCGUGCUGGCCCCUGGAGGGUAGCCCAGUCUACACAGAGAUGUUGACCAUCCAGCGGGGCCCGGAGAAGCAUGUCUCGGGAUGGAGGUGCAUUCAGCUCAAACUGAAACAUGAGAAGAAAGUGAAGGAGAGGCAGAUGCAGCAAUUCCUGUACCCUCUGUGGGGGUGCCAGCAGCAGCCAGAUGCCCAGCCCCUGGUGGAGUUUCUCGCCGCAGUUAGACGGUGCAUGCCACACAGGAAGCGAGCCGGCCCACUGCUCUUGCACUGCAGUAAUGGCAUUGACCAGAUGGGGAUGCUGAUCGCCCUGGACUGCCUGCUGCACCAGAUGAAAGCAGAGCGGAGUGUGGACAUCUACGGAGUCACCCUCAGGCUGAUGAGAAGCUGUUGCCUCAUGACCCCCACACCGGAUCAGUACGUGUUCUUGUACACGUGCAUCCAGGACAUCCUCACCCAGCGGCAGCCCUAGGAAGAUCACAGAGAGCCCGGCGCUGGGGGCAAGCUGAGGAGAGCACAUUGCAGGGCUGUUUGCACAAACCCGACUGCAGCUCCCUCCGCAGAGAAGGGGACUGUCCUGGGCCAGAGGCAUCAGUCAGCUCCCCACCCCUGGAGGCCAGCACAGAUGAGGCGCUAAGGCUGGGUUAGCCUGCAUCAGCGGUUCAGAAUCUCGGACUCUCCUGGUCUCCUUCUUCCAGGAUGUGGUGGGAGAGCCUAUUGCACAUGCACCGUCUGCACCAGCCUCCCGCGGGGAGUGCCCUUCUGCCGCCCACAGUGCUGCAGCCCACUCAGCCUGCAAGUACCCAGUGCAGGGCACGGGAACGUGUCCAGGAUUCAAAGCAUUAAGCGGCACUGCCUCCCUACUGCCCGGGGUUCCUGGGACUCUGGAAGGGCCAUGAAUCCAGUCACUGUAGCACUUGCUCUGGGAUCCUGCCAGCCUCCAUACUGCCCUCCAUCCCCCGCUGAGUACAAGACAGAAUACAUGGGGCGCCCUUCCUGCCGUGCCUGGCUCAAAGCCGGCGUGUCCUACAGAACAGGCUGCUGGGUGAUGCUUAUUUCCGUCUGGCAGGAGGGGUGGGAGGGCCCAGGCGCUACACACCGCUUCUCAGAGCGUCGAGCGGACUCUCCGGAUAUGCUAGUGCCUUUUGAAGACUCUGUGACCCAGGGCAGUGGACCAAGGGGAACAGCGGGGUCUCUCAAUAAAUGGAUCACCAAGCAAUGGAUAUGAAUAAUAAAGAAAUAAUAAUGGAUAUGAAUAAUAAAGAAAACAGCCCUAGAAGCCAGUGUCCUCUAACGAACGGUCGGUUUUACCGCGUGCCCUGGCCUGGCCUGCGACCUUCCAGCCAGCUGGACUGGAGCACGCCAUCUCCAAAGAGCAGCCAUGCACACCCGCCCGGACUACGCCGUUUGGCUGGCUUCCAAGCACUGCCCCUUCGUGCCGGCUGUCCUUGCGCAGCCAGAGCCCGGCAGCUCGGCUCCGAGAACUGAGUCCCAACCGCUAGAGCUGCAGACCUCUGCAGACCCUUGGGACAACCCUUCCCAUGGGACUCUCGCCUCUCCUAGCUGGGAGAACAGGGGCUGGACUCCCCCUGAGAGUGUCAUGUCACCCACGCAUUUAUGCAGAGCCUGUGAGCAGGGGCCACGGCAUUACAGCAAAACCAGGAAUCGCAAUUAAAUGAGAAGACCCUUGCUGGCCAGUCACCCUCCAUAUAACCCUGUCUCUAAAGCCUGCUGCAUGAUCCUAGUUUGUGGGGGAAAAACAUUGUCCACUAAUUCGGCCUCAGUGCACUGCUACCCUCUAUCGGGGGAGCAUGUGUAUCAGUUACGUCCUCUAGUGUUCGCGCCAGAGGAGCUGUCUCUUCAUCCCCCUGGGAUGUGGGACUCUGUGACCCAGGGCUGGGGACCAAGGGGUACAGUGGGGUCUCUCAAUAAAUGGAUCACCACACAAUGGGUAUAAACAAUAAAGAAAACAGCCCUAGAAACCAGCAACAUACACCCCUGCAAUGGGACCUUAACUCUGGCUCCUGGAGCUGGCAAUACCCCCACGGGGUGCCAGUAUCGGUGGGAGGGUGCCAUAAGAAAUAGACAGGAAGAAUGAUGGAGGGAUUUGUCUUGUUUCCAGUCGCAGCAUUGAGCUGCACACACUCAGCUGCGUUUGCUGUGUCUGGGGCUGGCACAACUGGGCAACCUGACCUGAGCAUAAAUGAAGUUUUUGGACAAUAAAUUCGCCUGAUUUUUU